CCGAAAUUUAGGACUUGGGUCAGGAAACCCAGUGAUGGCUUCCGACGAGUCUGGGGAUGACGAUAAUGAUCAAUCCACCUCCUCCCCAAGUCUCCAUUGCUGCAGGCUCCGACCUCGCUAGCAGACGCCAGAAGCGGCAUAACAAGGUGUCGCCUUGGAUUGCCUAUCGGGUGUCGAGAUAUCGGGCGCUAAAAGGACUAUACAACGACGAUUACCGUAUUUGGUUGAACAAGGAAGUGAAGGCAGCGGCAGAUCCUUAUUGCCUAGACGAAGAUGUACAUCUACAGGGCUCACAGAUUGGUGCGUCACGCUGGUCUGGUGAAGAAAAAGAAGUCUUUUACCGCGCACUCUCAAGAUGUGGACAAGACGAUAUCCCAGCAAUCUCCAAGGCUAUCAAAUCCAAAUCAGAGAUGGAAGUUCGAGAUUACUUUUUGCUGCUCCAGGAGAACUUCAUUCAACGUCAACUUAAUGCGCCGCAGCUUACGCACGCCGUUGCAUUACGAGACAUACCAGCCGCUGUCGAACUGGGCGAAGAGUGCCGCAAGCCCCUGGACCUUGCCGGAGAAGCAGUAGCCUGGUACCAGGAGAAUUAUGAGGCGAAAGAAGAACGCAAAAAGCAUGGAGACUAUUGGUUACUCGAUUCAGAUUUGGCGUCGAAAAUUGAAGACGCUAUAUCUGAGGAGCCCGAGGGUGACACAGAUGCAUUCGUCACAAACGAAGGAAGACGGCAGCAUUCGGAUUUCGCUGAAGAGGCAAUCAAGGCUAAACCCGAGUCGUCCAUCUCAUCGCUUCUCUCUUCGAUCCCAGCAGCUCGUCUUCUGAAGCCAAAGAAGUGGCUAGCACUUCAAAAAAACGUAUUUAUGAACUCAAGGCGUAAGUGGGAAACGGAUAACUGGCGUGAUCUCGCUGGCGUUGACGAGGAGCCAUCCAUGUACUAUACUGCGUUCCAUGAUUUUCACCGUUUGACUGUCAGCAUCACGCGUAGACUUGUCCAUGCCACGAUGUUUGAGUCCUCAUCGAGACUUAGGGCGCAAGAUCAAAGAAAUACACGUUCGAUUCCAAAGGUCACGGCAAGAGAUGUUGAGACUGCACUUGAAAUACUUGGGAUGGCACGACAUUCAAGAGAAUACUGGGUCAAGGUGCCACGUCGGUGUGGCCUCUAUGUCUUCAACAAGUCUACCAGAUUUCGGAGACCUCGUAUGAAGUACGAUGACGUCGAAAAAGAGUUGGGUAUACCAUGGGCAGUUUCAAAACCCAUGGGUCAGCUUCUUAAAAUUACACCUAGGAACGUACCUUUUGGUGCCCGCACUGCUUACCAAGAGGAAACUAACGAAGAAGCCCCCGAAAAUCUCCAAAAUCAAGAAACUCAAGAAACACACGGAUCCGAGGAAGAUUAUGAAGAUCAAGGAGAUCAUGAACCGGACAUAAGCUCCUCGGAGUCUCAUGAUUUUGUCCCUGAUGACAUUGACGCCAUCCCCGGACGGGCCCGUCGGCGACAACGUAAACGCCAAACGGUUGAACAAAGUCAGAUUCAUGAAGCUGAGCGGGUAGAUCGUCAAGCAGCUGAGCUAGAAGAGCAGCGUAUUCGGGAGAUGCUUGGCCUAAAUGACGCGUCAAACAUUAAAUCCGAGGAGGACGAAGUACCACUUGCUCUAAUCGAGCGCAAAGAGCUCAGUGAACUCGUAGACUGGAGAAGCUGGACCCACUAUCACGCGGAGUGGGAAGGAGCCAACGACUGGAGGGAAGAUAAUGAUCCGUCAGGGUUCGAAGAGAGACCGUCCAAGCGUCUUCGCCGGGCAUCGUUUAACGAUAUCGUAUCUGAGGAUAGCGAUGAUUUCGCGGGCAUCUCGUAUGCCCGCCCCGAGAUGAAAGUAGAAGAAGAUGCGGCGUUGGAUGGCAAACCAGACCUGGAGAUGCAUGACCAUGAGAGCAACGCAGAGCCUUCGGACAUGGAACAGCAAGGUAACCUCUCGAAAAUGUCGGAAGAUGGCACGGAAGGGACUUCAUCACACGAUAGUGCCACACUAGCUCCACAGCCUCCGCGACCUCCACGCAAGGUCCCUCUCCCAAAAGGUAUCGAUGACGGUACUAAAGAGGGCCCAAUCGAUGUCGAUUCGGAUAUCGACGCUGUGAAGGAAGAUAACUCCGACGAAAUCUUAUCAAGCGACUCCGAAGAAGAUAUGAGCAGUGAACACUAAUACAGAAUCUUGAUUUGCAUUGUAUCGUUCAAUA